AUGGAGGAACAAGCUGAACAGUACCGGACCCAGAAGUCCAAUAACAAUCUCCUGCUGGUGGCCAGCGCGAGGGGCUACCUGGCGGAUGUGGAGGCCCUGAUUGAGCGGGGUGCGGAGCUGGACUGCCGGGACCGUGCCAAGCUCACCCCCCUCCACUACGCGGCGGGUCGGGGCAGGCUGGACAUCGUGCGCGCCCUGAAGGCCCGGGGCGUGGACCUGGACCCCGAGUCCCCCGACGGGCGCACCCCCCUGCACCUGGCAGCCCUGCGGGGCCACGCCGCCGUGGCCGGCUUCCUGGCGGGGAGCGGCGCCUGGGUGGGCGCCUUUGACGGCAGCGACUCCACGCCGCUGCACCUGGCCGCGCGGCACGGCCACGAGGCCGCGGCGGAGGCCCUGCUCAGCCACGGCGCCGACCCGGGCCUGACCAACAAGUUUGGGCUGAGGCCGGUGGACGAGGCGGCGUACGCAGCAGGCCUGGGCAACCUCGCGGCCGUCAGGAUGCUGCUGGGCGACGGCGCCGACGUGAACGGCACUGCAAACGACGGGACAACGGCGCUGCAUGCGGCCACCCUGGCGGCCGACGCAGACUGCGUGGCCCUGCUGCUGGAAAGCGGUGCGGCCGCCAGUGCGGCAGACGCCAAGGGCCGCACCGCCGCCGACCUGGCCGAGGAGCAGGACCGCCAGGCGGCGGCGCGCGCCAAGGAGGAGGCGGAACGGCCCCCCCUGGUGAGGCCCGGGGAUGCGCCCAACCCGCCCCCGCUGUCUAGGGCGGCGCUGGCUCGGGCGGCCGCGCUGGGGCCCCGGGAGGCGUUCCUGGCCCUGGCGCCCGGCGACAGGCUCCGCAAGGUGGAGCGCUGGGCGUCCCUGCCGCCCGAUGACCUGGACGCCGCGCUGGCUGGGUUCGAGGCGGGCGUGCAGGCGGAGGUGCAGUCCCGCCUGGAGGCCCUGCGCACCACGGCCGCUCACCUGAACAUCCACAAGGCCAUCACGGCACUGCACGAGGACGAGGAGUUCCAGGCUGACGCUGCUCGCCCCGAGGUACGGGCCGGCAUCGAGGCCAUCCGCAAGGACACCAGCCUGUACGACUCCUACGCACGCGACCCCGUCAUGCUGUCGGUGCUCCAGAAGCUGCGUCGCGUGCAUGCCGUCUCCUCGGCCAACAAGCAGCGCACCGUGGACCUGGACCUGCUGCUGAACACCCCCGGCGAGCCCCGCCAGCCCCCCGAGCGGUCCUCCUGGCGCGCAUGGAGGCGUUUGGUGGGGCAAAUGGCCGGCACGCCAAAGGAAGCCGGCGCGGACACAUCCCUGCCCGACGAGGGAGCCGGCGCGGGGCCCGAGGCGGCGGCAGCCCCAUCCGCCCGGCGCCGUGUCCCGGACUGGCUGCGCGACGGCUUCUCCUGGCCGAAGGUCUGGGCGGAGCUGUGGCGGCAGUGCCAGCUGGCCCUGCUCAUCCUGGCCGUCUUCCUGGUGACCUCCAGCGUCCUGCGUGGCAAGCUGCCCUGGGCAGCGCGGGAGGCGGGCCCGGGAGACCGCGAUGCGUUGGACCUGGCCGGCCUCCUCCUCGGCCAGGGCCGGGGGGAGCUGUAG